GGUGGAUAGCAAAAGCGGGGGGAUGAAGAUUUCAUUUUUAUUUUUUUUUCUCUUUCCCCACAAGAAAUAAGGUUUUAACGACAGCGCGCGUCCCGUGCUGCUGCUGCGACUGCAAGCAUGCCUCUUGCGCACACUUGGACUGGGAAAUUCCAUCCACCGAUUUGAUUCCAACCCGACUUGCUGCCUGAUUUUUUAUUUUUUUUUGAAUUGCUAACUUAACUUUAGUAAGAUGUCUGAUCUGCUGGUGUUGGUCGAAGGGCUCUGUGACCUGCACGGAUUUCCAUAGCGGGGGGGCCACAUCUUCUUCAGCUUUUUGACACCAUAGAAGACACCGCAUGCUACAUGUAUAGUAGGCUCCUCCAUCCUAUAUUCCCCAUUGACUGUUUUUUAAGUUUGUGGAAUUCUGCAGAACGGACCGCUGGACUGGUUGGAUUAUAGAUACUAGACAUAAGGAUUUGUGGAGAUGUUGGGUCGUCAAGAAGAUAAAUUAUGUGGAAUUGUCUCUGCUCUGGCGGCUUUGUCCUUCGCAUGCUUUGUUCAAAGCUCCACUGGAAGCACUGGAAUGUCUCUGGCCAAGACCACCGUGGACAAGUUGCUGAAGGGAUAUGACAUACGUUUAAGGCCUGAUUUUGGAGGUUCUCCAGUCAUUGUUGGGAUGAGCAUCAACAUAGCAAGCAUCGAUUCCAUCUCAGAAGUAAACAUGGACUAUACCAUCACAAUGUAUUUCCAGCAAAGUUGGCGAGAUAAGCGUUUGGCCUAUGGAGAGCUAAACCUCAACUUGACUCUGGAUAAUCGUGUAGCAGAUCAGCUUUGGCUCCCAGACACCUACUUCCUUAAUGACAAGAAGUCCUUUCUUCAUGGGGUGACAGUCAAAAACCGCAUGAUCCGACUACACCCCGACGGCACUGUCUUGUACGGGCUGAGAAUAACCACCACUGCUGCUUGUAUGAUGGACCUGAGAAGGUACCCUCUUGAUGAGCAGAACUGCACUUUGGAAAUUGAAAGCUACGGAUACACCACGGAUGACAUUGUGUUCUUUUGGCAAGGAGGGGACAGUGCUGUGACAGGGGUCGACAAGUUGGAGUUACCUCAAUUCUCCAUUGUGGACAUUCGCUUGGUGUCCAGGGAUGUCAGGUUCAGUACAGGUUCUUAUCCCAGACUUUCGCUGAGUUUCAGGAUUAAGAGGAACAUUGGAUAUUUCAUCUUGCAGACAUAUAUGCCCUCCAUAUUGAUCACCAUUCUUUCUUGGGUCUCUUUCUGGAUCAAUUAUGAUGCCUCUGCAGCUCGGGUGGCCCUGGGUGUGACAACGGUGCUCACCAUGACAACAAUUAACACCCACCUGAGGGAGACUCUCCCAAAGAUCCCCUACGUGAAAGCCAUCGAUGUCUACCUCAUGGGCUGUUUUGUGUUUGUGUUCCUGGCCCUGCUCGAAUAUGCCUUUGUAAAUUACGUGUUCUUUGGCCGGGGCCCGGCGCAACAGAAGCAAAUCAAUGAGAGGCUGAACAAAGUCAACAAUGAGCGCACAAGAUACGAGGAGAAGCGCCUGAGGGAACAGGACUCCAUUUCCGUGCCGUUUCAAACCAACACCUUCAGGUCAUUUACACAGCGAAGAAAUCUGUAUCUCGAGGAACAAAGAAAAGUUGGGGUGGACGCGUACGGCAACAUUCUCCUCUCCACUCUGGAAAUGAACAACGAAGUGAUGCCUUCUGACGUGAGAAGCAGCGUUAGUGACUCUCGGAAUUCCGUCAUGUCCUUCGACAGCUCCGGGGUCCAAUUCAGGAAGCCCAUGGCGCCCCGAGAUGGUUUCAGCCACCACUCGCUGGAUCGGAGCACUAUGCGAAGCCGGGCCAACUGUCGACUACGGCGACGCUCGUCCAAGCUCAAGCUAAAAAUCCCAAACCUGUCAGAUGUAAGCACCAUUGACAAGUGGUCCCGGGUCAUAUUUCCCAUCACUUUUGGAUUCUUCAACCUAAUUUACUGGUUAUACUAUGUGAAUUGAUGUGCAUCCCACUAGGAAUCAUGGGCCAUAUUUUGAGAGCACAUUGGUGAAUUGGCUUUGAUACAGUUCCAAAAUAUGUAUACACAUAUACAGGUUGAACAUAUGUAUAUGCAUAUUUCUAUACAGUAUAUUAUAUUUAUAUAUACACACACACACCAAUCCGAAGGACUUUUCUGCUGUACAAAGUAUUAACAGGAUGACUUGAAUGUUUAAAAUUAAUUGCGAGAGAAGAAUUUCAAAGUUCCUUUUUUCCUCCUGAAACGAACAUAUGGACGUAAAGAUCCCAGCGCGGAUUUUUGGAACUAAAAGACUGCAUGAUAUUUUUGCUACAAAAAAAAUGGAAGAAGGAGGAGAAGCCCAUGAUGGAGAGAAGAUACCAACAUUGACUUUUUAUUGAUUCUCUACUGCAGCUCAUGAAAUCAGUAGUGGUUGUCUGGGUCCCCCGGGCCAUAUGUAGCCCAUGGAUACCAGGUGCACGGGAAUCUGCGGUUCCACUAUGUACAGCAACCUAAUUUAUUUUUCAUUUCUACAUAUUUUUCCGGGAUUCGUAGCGUUCUGUCGACCAGACAUCGACCGGGAUGUUUGACCCGCCACGUUUGUGCGCCAGAGUCCACGCAAAACUUCUAAAUCCCUUCUCUCGGUCAAGUUUUUUCAGGUGAUGGGAGGAAGCGGGGUCUAAUGUCUGCUUUGGUUCAAAAACAAGUGCUGAUAAGUGUAGUUUGUCUUGAAAAAUACUGUGAUUUUCAAAGAGUGUCAGAACUUGUUCUAGAGCUAGGGCAUUAUGAGAUAAGAGUCAAAAGGUUCGCAUUACUCAAUUUAACAAAAAAAAAGCACUAUGUACAUUUUUAUCACUCAGUAUUCUCUAUGUAUUGUUUAUUUCAGUGUUCAUAUCUUUGUGUUUGCAAAAGGAACUGGGGCGGGAGGGGGGCCGGGAAGGGAGUGAUGUAUUGCUUUUUGUGAUUUGUUCGAGCUAAUCCACAGUAAAAAUGUACCAAUUAUGUAUAUUUAAAAGAGUCAGCAAUAUCAGGCCACAGUUUGGUAGUUUUCAUGCUUUGUUUGUGGAGCAUUUCGUCAGUGGGGCGCAAAAGAGAAAAACAAUUUUUAUGCUAAAUUAACAAAAUAUCUGUCACUUGGAGCCAAACAUCAUAAUUUAAAUCAAGAGAACCUUAAUAAUCCAAAAGCAAUAUUGUUUUGUUUCUAGAAAAAUUAAACAAGAAAUUGAAAGAAAUAAAACAGCAAGACGUCCAAUGCAAAUUGCAAAAUUGACAAAAUGUUGGUUCUUACUGGAAUCUGUAUGAGCAAGUAGAUAGGUAAAUAGGACCACUACCUGGAUAAAAGUAUUGGGAGACCUGGCAAAGAUAGCUAAAAACUGUUUGUUUUAAAUGCGGCCAUUCACAUACAAACUAUCUAUUUUGGCGAUUAUCGUUUUUUGAUUACCUUCUUCUGGUCAGAUGAGUGAAACCUGAGCGCCGGAGCAUUCACAUUGAGGACGCAUCGCAUAUAUAUUUGAUUUAUUUACACAUACAAAAGUGGUCUUGUUCUGAUAUGAAACAUUCUGCAUUUGCACUGUUCACGUUGACAUGAAAAAGCCCAAUGCAGGUCGUAUAUGGGCAAAUAAUCGGAACUGAUCCGUAGUGUGAACGAGGUCACGAAGUUAAGUGUUUUCUAAAAUGAUGACUUGUGAGGUGCUUGAGCAAUACACUCCAGCUAGGUGGCGGUAGUGUUCGAAUUUAUCGACAUGUCCAACUCAGAAAUAUGACAAAUUAUGGGUUUAUUCAUUACCUUAGGUGAUGAGUAUAUAUGAUAUUCUUAACCGCAUGGUUGCUGUUGGCGUGUUGUCAGGUUGCAGAGAUGGUAGGCGUGCAGAUAAGGUCUUUUAAUUCAGACUACUCUCAAUAGACAAGCGAAGGAACGCGACACUGACAGGUAAACCCUCCUAAUUAGUUAUCAUAGGCCGGUAAUCCCCUGAUCACUAAUCAGGAGCAGGUGUGGAGAACAGCGCUCAGAAUUAGUGUUCAAGUCACUGCAAGACCUAACCAAAACAGGAAGUGGAACAAAAACACUAAACACAGGAAAACAACACAAAAAGUGUCACACGAAUCAUGACACUUAAGUCCAAUAAGGUAUUUAUUUGCAGCAAGGUGGUUAAAGUAAUUUCUGGGUUAUAGAGUGCACAUAAAUAUAAGUUGUACCCACAAGUCUAUAAGCCGCAGGUGUACACAUUGACUAUGUUUACACUGCAGGCCAAAGUGGCCCAAAUCGGAUCUGAUUUUUUCCAUCUGACUGUUUACACUGCAAGUAAAAUGUGAUUUUUAUCAGACUCCAGUGUAAACGCACACCGGUCCCAAUGUGGCCCCAAUGUGUCCUGAUGUGGCCUAAAUCUGAUGCGAAAAGAUCAGAUUUUAAGCACUUUGGAGCGUUAAGACUGGCAAAAAAAAUCCGAUCUGGGUCACUUAAGAGCAAAGAAAUACAAUUUGGUGUGCAGUGUAAACGAGACCACUGAAACAUGAAACAGGUGCUUGUGUGUAUUCACAAAUUUAAUGUAUGACAGUGCCUGCAUACAGUAGCUUACAUUGAGCGCUGUCUAUGUCCUUCUCCUGUUGAAACCACUGAAUUUGUUGUCUUCGGUGCGCGGCAGUCAGACCUUUUGAGGCCCCUUACUGGUGGUGGAUUUCCAUUCUAUGCGGCAACUGUUUGCCUUUUCCGAUGGUCGGGUCAUUCGCCUUUGGCUUUGGGGCUGCGUUUUGUGCAUUUUGUUGUUUCUUCUUAAAAACGAGGGUGAGUCCAUUACGUGCUCCACGGCUGCCUUAUUGAUUGUGUGAGUGCAUUUGUUUUAAUGUGACAAGGCUAAAUUAAUUAGCAGCAAGUGAAGCUCAUGAACCAGAAAAAUGUGUAAAUUAGCCCCAGCAUUGUAUAAAGGGUUGAAAGCGUGGGAAUUAUAGUUCAAAAGUAACGGUAGCUGGACAAAUACAAAGUAAUAAUUUUUUCAGUUUCGUUUCAGUCUUGAUUCGUUUGUUCUAUGCAAGAAACAAAGAAAAAAACGCAAAGAGAGCACAGUGUACCGAAUCAAAUACCUUGUGUGUUUAACAUACUUUGCCAAAAAAUGUCAUUCUAUUUAUGAUUAUCGCUCUUCACGGUAGUUUGACGUGUGACACGCAAUUCUCCGCCAAAACGCUCGAGGGCAGUCUUUUCCUGGGUGAGCAACCACAACUCUUGUUGAUUAGCUAUUAGAUUACUGUGUGUAGUAUGGUGGUAAACAAUGCCGACUGAAGCCACAUUGUUGGAGCUGGAACUAAUCAUUUUGAAACACCGGUCACUUUUAUUGUCAAUAGGAGAAGACGUUCGCAAACGUGAGUGAGUAAGUCGAGGCCGAGUACGGACGAGUCGUAAAACCCGGAAAUGCCGUACUAAAAAAGCAGACUAAUCACAGCUCGUUUUGCUUUGCCUCUGUCCAUCAAAGCAAACUAUGUGAUGCAAAGACAUAUUUCAGCCUUAAGACGUGUUUCUCAAUACUUUUGUCCAUCCAGUGGUUUAAAAAAAUGAUAUUCCACUUGAGGACUGAGUCAUUUAGUAACAAUAAGUAAUCAGUGCAAAUGCAUAAAAUGUCUCCAAAAAUGGAAUACUAGUCAGAGGGUAAUAUAAUGCAAAGGUCCAUAAGGUUGACAUCUUGUAGAUGAUAACGUUUGUAAAUACCUAACCGUUAAUUUACUGAAAUUCAAAAUCACUUAUCAGUGAUUAGGUGCGGAUUGUACACCUACUUUAUUUUGUUUUUAAGUCAUACGCCCCUGUAAGUGAGUUCCUCUGUUAAAGAAGAGUACAUUUUUCACAAUUACCAUUUGUAACCGGCAGCCUGUAUAAUUGUUAAAUUCCCAAACAGCUGUGUCCAAUGAGGAGAUAUUUCGCCAAUCGUUUUGCUUUCAUCAAAUGUGAGGUUGUGUCACUUUAGGUGACUUUGCACCUAAAGAGGAAUAAUGAAGGAGGUAAGAGACUGUAUAGACCAGUUUUUUUUUCUUAGUUAUUUCACUUUGAGUCAGAGCAGCUGUUUGGCCCAGUGCAAGAAAAGUCAUUUUCUUUGUAUUUGCAAACUAACUUAAGAAAUCAAAUGUGCCAUGUUUGUUACCAUCCACAAUAACAAACUUUGCAUGCAUCCAUGUAUAUUUGCCCUCACUGCAUAGAAUUAGUACAAUCACCCUCAAAAAGCUGUGAGUACCUUUUGUUUACUUUUGAUAGACCUUAUGUUUCAUUUGAUACAUGUUGAAGGUGGAGAGGAGGGGAAAAAGUGUUGAUCUGAGUUCAAUGUGAAUUUUCUUGCCUCGAGUGUAUAUGUGUAAUUACAUGUGAAUUGUACUGUAAAUAUGAUCUCUUUCACUUAAUAAUUCUUAAUGCAUGAACAAAACAUGGCAGUUCGUAAAUACCAGCUAGCCUCACUGCUAAUGGCAUGGACCGCUUUUCUAGCAUUGGCAUACUUCUGCAAAUGAAACCAAGAAGAAGAAAAAAAAACUGAAAGAAGAAAUCACAAUAAGUGUGAACAAAAUAAUGGAGAAAUCAACAAGUCCUCUUCCAGUGAGGGAGUUUGUGGAGACUCUGUCCAGGUUCACAAUGUCCCCUCAAGUGCAAAGCUUAUGUUGGCAGACGGCUUUGGCUCACUGUCAGCAAAUGGGAUGGCGUCACCUUGAAUGAAAUUUUCUAGUCGCCCCGGUCACCAAUAAUAGGAUUUUGCAGUACCAGGAAGCUGCCGUGUUUACCUCAGCCAUCAACUCGUGACCCAGUCAUGUCUCACUUUACUAUAUGUACAGUAUAUUUACAAAGAAGGGCAUUAUGGCCAAGCUGGCUUAUAGAGGCUAGAGGAGCAGGAUAUGCCUUAAGAAGGCGAGUGGGAUGUUCUUUCCUGUUCCUCAACAAAACAAAACAAAACUAGUGUGCCCUUGAAAUAGGGCACUUAGCUAAGUGCCCUAGUGCAGCUGCUCCCUUGCCAACAACAGAUCUUUGCAUAUGUAUGUCAAAUAUAGUUUUAGUACACGUUUGUUAUGUUUGCUCCUUUGACAGUGAAUUUUCAGAACAAAAGCAGGAUAGAUAAAAUUGCCCCAAAGUAUUAAGGUCACGCUGAAAUAAAAAGUCAAAUUACAAGAAGGUUACCAUGUGAUUUGAAUGGAACAGGCGACAUUCACUCUCACACACACACACACACACACACACACAAAUGCUCGCUCUUGAGAUUUCGCAUAGGCUAUGUCCGCACAAAGAUGGAUAUUUCUAAAAUGUAUAUUUUUCUAUGCGUUUCAGCAGGGACUAAAUUAGAAUUUCAGAAAUGGGGGUGGGGGUUGGGGUCACAAUGGGCUUGCGUACGUGGGUUGAGGUGAUAAGGUGCAUGUUUUGGAGUAAUAUUAACGAACAAAAUGUUCAAUAAUUACUUUUUUGUACAAAACAAGAACAUUAACAGAAUGAAAUAACUUACUUUAUUUGGCUUUUUCAAGAUUAUGAUUAGUUUAAUGUUUG